AAACAUAUCACUUCAAAAAUAUUAAAAAAUAUUCAUAAUAAAAUAAAAUUAAAUAAGAAAUGAGCUGCUGCUUCCGGGGAUGUUUCAACACGCGGAAUAGCUGUAGGAAUACAGCUGUAAAACAUUUCAAAUUUCCUGUUGUGCCGUAUUUACGGGAAAAGUGGAUGAAGGAUUGCGGAUUAAGCGAGCAGCAAUUGCCAAGGGAACCGUUUGUGUGUUCCAAUAAUUUUUUAAGUACAGAUUUGAUUGCGCGGAACGGUCGUGCACUGCUAAGCCGAGGUGCCAUCCCCGGAGCCGAAAUCGAUCAACAACCAAGCGGCAUGGACGAUGACAAUGAAUAUUGUAUAGACGACGCCAGCGAAUCCCCUUUCGUUGGGAUAUCAAGAAAAAGAGCCAGGAAAGGAUACGUCAGCGUUUCAACGCAAACUGAGUAAGUUUUUUUAUGGCGAUA